AUGCACGGUGUUCAUAUCAAGCCGCCACCGAACGAGGGAUAUGGGAUUAAGAAACCGGGCAUGCCUGUAAUUACAAUGAAAUAUAAGGGCAUUCUUGGAUCAAUUGUGUAUAAAAAAGGCAAAGGUUCUAAUUGUUCGUGUAUCAUUCUUUCUACCGGAAGUCGUACUGGAAAUUGCGAGGCUAAAAUGUCCUUUAAGUUUUCUUUUUUCGAAACCCUCUUCUUGUUUUUCUAUAGAAUUCUCUUCAAACAAUUUAGGAACUCAAAGGGUCUCCACAGAACUGUGAGCAAUAACUACAGCAAAUUUCGAAGGUACAAUUCCCUUGCUCACAGAUCAGACCUGUCGAAUCAAACUUUGAUCUUCAAUGUCGAAGGAGCUUUAUUGAAAUCCUCUUCAUUGUUCCCUUAUUUUAUGCUCGUGGCCUGUGAAGCUGGAGGUCUUUUCCGGGCUUCUUUUCUACUCGCUUCAUAUCCAUUUAUUUGUUUAGUUGGUGAAGAGAUGGGCUUGAAGAUAAUGGUGAUGAUCUGUUUCUUUGGGAUUAAACAAGACAGCUUCAGAGUUGGAAAGGCCGUUCUGCCAAAGUUCUUCUUGGAUAAUGUUGGGUUGGAAAUCUUUGAGGUGGUGAAAAGAGGAGGCAAAAAGGUGGGCUUUAGUAAUAUACCUACAGUAAUGAUUGACAGUUUCUUGAGAGAUUAUUUGGAGAUUGAUGUCGUAGUUGGACGAGAGCUAAAGGUCCUGUGUGGGUACUUUGUUGGACUUAUGGAAGAAAGAAAGAAAGACAAGCUUGUUUUAAAGGAAAUAUUAGGGCAGGAGAACAACAGUGAUGUUAUCGGCGUUACUUGCUUCAACAAAUCCCUUGAUGAACAGAAGUUGUUCGUUCAGUGUAAGGAUAUUUACGCAGUGAGAAGAACCGACAAGAGGAGCUGGCAACAGCUACCAAGAGAUAAAUACCCAAAACCGCUUAUUUUCCAUGAUGGUAGACUGGCUUUUAGACCAACCUCUUUGGCUACGGUCGCCAUGUUUAUGUGGGUUCCAUUUGGUAUUGUUCUUGCUAUCUUCAGGGCUCUUGUUACCUUAACUCUUCCGUUUAAUAUUUCCAUCCCCACAUUAGGCUUUUCAGGGUUGUCCCUUUCUGUAUACCAGCCGAAUACUUCCCACUCAUUGCCCAACACCAACUCAAGGCAUCUCCUUUAUGUUUGCAAUCAUAGAACAUUACUAGACCCUUUAUAUCUAUCUUUUACAUUGAAGAAAAAUUUUACAGCAGUCACAUACAGUCUGAGCAGACUGUCAGAGAUCUUAGCACCAAUCAAAACUGUCCGACUAACAAGAAACCGGGAUCAAGAUGCAAAAAUUAUGGAAAGGCUAUUAAAACAAGGGGACCUAGUGGUUUUCCCAGAAGGAACCACAUGCAGAGAACCAUAUCUCUUAAGAUUUAGCCCAUUGUUUGCAGAGAUGAGUGAUAACAUAGUUCCUGUGGCUUGUAACAGUCAUGUUACAAUGUUUUAUGGAACAACUGCAAGUGGGCUUAAGUGCCUUGAUCCUCUUUUCUUUAUCUUGAACCCAUCACCAAGUUACACCAUCCGGUUUCUUGAUUGUGUAUCCGGGCUUUCCAAGUCUGUCAAUGAUGAAAAAUCAAGAUUCGAUGUGGCCAACCAUGUACAAAGUGAGCUAGCCAAUGCAUUAGGCUUUGAACCUACCAAGCUUACAAGGAGAGAUAAGUACCAGAUUUUGGCAGGCAACGAUGGGAUAGCUUGCACGAGUAAAAAACCCUAAGUCCAUAGCGUGCCGUGCUAAAUUACCCACCCAGCCAUGUUGUAAUGUGACUUGUAUCAAAUCUCAACUAUCGUAUACAUGGUCUUCAUUUUACCCCUUUGUUUCUUUUAGAUAAUUAGGCAUAAACAACAUGAUACAUUUUUCUUCUGUAAUAUGUGAUUCCCAGUUGAAAACUUGUAAGAUAUUUUGAAUCUCAUUAUUUAUUUACUUACUUAUUAUCUA